AUGCUGCUACUGUGGAUGAAGGAUUUACCACUGCUUGUUCAAAGAAAAAUUGCCAGGACCAUCAUGUUACAAGAAGGCAAAGGUCAGUUUGGAGAAGUUUGGUGAGUCAAGUGGCGGGGAAAAGUUGCUGUGAAGAUAUUCUCUUCGAGGGAAGAACAUUCGUGGUUCCAAGAGGCAGAGAUUUAUCAGAUUGUGAUGUUAUGCCAUGAAAACAUCCUGGGAUUUGUAACAGCAUACAACAAAGACAAUGGCAUGUGGAAUCAGCUACGGCUGGUGUUGGAUUACCAUGAGCAUGGAUCACUUUUUGAUUUCUUAAAUAGAUACACUAUUACAGUGGAAGGGAUGAUCAAACUUGCUCUGUCUAUGGCAAGCUGUCUUACCCAUUUUCACAUUGUUGGUACCCAAAGAAAGCCUGCUAUUGCUCACAGAGAUUUGAAAUCAAAGAAUAUCUUGGUGAAGAAGAUUGGAACCUGUUGCAUUGCAAACUUGGGACUGGCAGUGAGACAUGAUUCUGCCACAGAUACUAUUGAUAUUGCGCCAGACCACAGAGUAGGCACUAUAAGUUUUCUGCAGUGA